AUGCCGUUGGCAAAGUCCAAGCAGGCCGUCGGCCUCGGCAACUCGCUGAUGAACGAUCGCUUCGGGAAGGGCAAAGGAUCUGAUCGCAAGAAGGCUUCCGCCUACAUCACCAACGAUCGCAAGGAGGCGUCAUGGGUCAAGAUGCGCUCCGUCACCGAGCAGUCCGCCAUGGACGAGUUCCUUGCCACCGCCGAGCUUGCUGGCACCGACUUCACCGCCGAGAAGAUGAACAAUGUCAAGAUCAUCCACACCGACCAGCGCAACCCCUACCUCUUGUCCGCCAACGAGGAGAGCACCGUCCGCGGCAAGCACAACAAGCACAAGGCCCGCCUGACCGUACCCAGGAGGCCCAAGUGGGACCAGAACACGACCCCCGACCAGCUCGAUGUCCUCGAGCGUGAGAGCUUCCUGAACUGGAGGCGCGGCCUGGCCGAGCUGCAGGAGAACAACGAUCUGCUCAUGACCCCCUUCGAGCGAAACCUCGAGGUCUGGCGCCAGCUGUGGCGCGUCAUUGAGCGCAGCCACCUGAUCGUCCAGAUCGUCGAUGCCCGAAACCCCCUGAUGUUCCGCUCCGAGGACCUGGAGGGCUACGUCAAGGACGUUGACAAGAGGAAGGAGAACCUGCUGCUCGUCAACAAGGCCGACAUGAUGACCGCAAAGCAGAGGAAGGCCUGGGCCAGGUACUUCAAGAAGGAGAAGAUCGCCUACAGGUUCUUCUCGGCCCAGCUGGCCAAGGAGAUGAUCGAGGCCAGAGAUCUGGAGGAUGAGUCCGAGGAAGAGGCAACCCAGGGCCCGAGCUCGAGCUCAGCACCCAAGCCUGCCUCUCAGAACGGGUCCGAAGACGAUUCUGAAGAUGACAGCGAGGACGAUGAGCAUGAGCCGGCUGGCGUGGCAUUGGAGGAAGACGACGAUGACGACACGAGAAUUUUAACCGUGGAGGAGCUGGAAGACAUUUUCCUAGAGCAUGCUGCAAAGCCCGAUCCUGACAACCCAGAUGAGAAACUGCAGAUAGGACUUGUCGGCUAUCCAAACGUAGGAAAGUCGUCGACUAUCAACGCUCUCAUCGGUGCCAAGAAGGUCUCGGUCUCGUCGACGCCAGGAAAGACGAAACACUUCCAGACUAUCCACCUCAGCGACAAGGUUAUCCUGUGUGACUGUCCAGGUCUAGUGUUCCCCAACUUCGCCACAACCAAGGCCGACCUCGUCUGCAACGGCGUGCUUCCCAUCGACCAGCUGAGAGAGUAUACGGGACCGGCAGCACUCGUUGCUCACCGUAUACCACAACCCUUCCUCGAAGCCAUUUACGGCAUCCACAUCAAGACGCGGCCCAUAGAAGAAGGAGGUACCGGCAGGCCCACCGCCAGUGAGAUCCUAUCGGCAUACGCCAAGGCACGUGGAUUCCAGACGCAGGGCGUGGGACAGCCCGACGAGUCCCGCGCUGCGCGUACAGUUCUGAAGGACUACGUCAACGGCAAGUUGCUGUACUGCGAGCCUCCCCCAGAGUACCCGGAUGCCGCCGAGUUCAACCGUGAACUGUACGAUGCAACCCAUCUUCCAGAGAAGCGCCGUGCCCAGCUACAGGCCGCCAUGGAUGCUCUGGAACUACCAGACGACGAGUCGACCGUGGACACGGAAAUCCUGGCUCUGCCAACCGGUGCCAAGUCCCAGAGACUUGACAAGGCCUUCUUUGCCAAGAACGGCGGCAACGCAGGACACGUGACCAGACCUUUCAACUUCAAGUACUCGGAGCAGGGCCAGGCGCAGGCCGCACGCGCGAAGCAUCUGACUGGACGCAAGGCCAAGGCUAUGAUUGCUUUGGAGACGGGACUGGAUCCGAAGGACGUGCAGUUGACCAGCUCCAGCGGCAAGAAGCAUUUCAAGGGGGGUGUCAGGGGUAAAAAGAAGAAGACGGAAGAUGAUGAUUAG